CAAAAUAAUAUCGAAUCAGAGCACAUAGAGACAAUCAUGGACAAAAUGAACGUUGCCGUUAAAUAUACAACAAGCGACAAUGAUACCACUCACAUACACAAUGGCUUUGCACAUAUCGAAGGAUUCCAGAUUUUUCAAUUAAUGUUAUGCAGGGUUGGGAUAUAAAAGACUUGUACUCGGUCAGUGUCUUGACGAGGGGAUCGCGACGAGGGUAGACAUUAACUGGUGCGUCCUUUAUAGGUUCAACUACCCAAAGCUACUAUAUCCAUGCUCACUGCUCCCUCCAAGUUCGAUCCCUGUAGAGACUUGUCCAAUCCGCUCGCCUUGCUUUCGCUGAGACACACAAUGAGGACCAGCGCUUUUACCUCCGCUCUCUCCCUUAUUUUCGGCCUCCUUCUCAUCUCUCCAACUCGUGCCCUGAUCAGCAGCAUUUCCGCUCCCACCGAGGUUCUCCACCCAGGUGACAAGUUCAACGUAACGGCCCACACAACCCCUUCCUUGAACCAAAACAACCACCAAUUCUACGCUAUCUUCGGGAUAACGCCCGCUCCAGGCGAGCCCGGCACAAUGGGAAUUCUCAUUCCGGUUGUGUGCACUGGACAUGGCAGAUCGGGCCACAAGGGUAACGAUAGUAAAGGGGCUGACAAGACGAAAACAUGGGGGCACGAGGUUGAAGGGGUGGAGUUGUGGAUGGGAGGUAUGGGGAAUAUGACGGAAUUCAACGUGACGCUGGAAUUACCUAAGAACUUGAACACGACGAAAACACAAGCGGAGUUCCUGCUUCAAACUAGCGUGUUUGGUGUGGUUGGGGCAUUUGGGAAUGCGACGUUGUCCUUUUACAACACCACGAUUAAGAUCGAGUCUUCGUAA